UACAAAAGCCUACAAAUUGGAGGGAAAAGUCGAAAACCUUUCGAGUAACGACAAGAAGUGUGUCGUCAUAGUUUGUUGACCUUUGACCAGCGGUUGCUAUGUACCGGGGGACGCUAUGUUAUGGUUGCCUUGGUUCAUUCAUUCCCCCAAGCGUGCGAAGCCCGGCAGAGCAACAGUUGGAUUAACCACAGUGAACGAGCAGGUUGGCCUUUUCAACGACAAGCGACAGGCGCCGUCUAAAGCAUUUAAUUGCGGCAACAGGUUGAAAAUCGUUCGAUUGAACCAGGUGGCGGGAAAAAUCCACGUGUAGCGACAAUGUUGGUGAGCAACACAGGACGGUUUCGAGACAGGAACCCUGACAUCAGCGCGGCUGGGAAGUUAUGGCCGAUGGGUGGAACUGCAAGAGACUGCUUGGAACCUCCCCCUUCUCGAGUUCGGACACCAAAGGUGGUAAAGAAGUACAUCAACACGACCCGUCCGGAGGCGGGUAUGACGAGGGUUUUCUACGGAAAGGCGGGCGAUGAGUUUCUGACGCGGGCAGCGGAGAUGAGACACGGCCUCAGCACAAAGCCCUCACUCACGGCUGGGCAGCUGACCAACCCGUGGCCAAAGACACUGUUCCAGCAUAGACUACUGGACAAGCGUGAAUCCCUGUACUCCAGCCAUCAGAAGGCUCCCCUGGGGAGAACACACGACCAAACCCCCAACAUACCCUCCUGGUUCCAACCAGAGACAACCACCUGUGGGGUCAAGACAUUAAAAGACUACACAGCAACAGAACUUGUCAACCCCCCAAAGUCCUGGCGAAAAGUCAAGGAGGAGGAUCUGGUAGGAAAGGACCUGUACAAGCUCUCCCACUCAGAUUAUGAUGUUGGUGAGAGCUACGACCGCAAGUACGACUGGAGUAAGAUCCCCAAGACCAGCAUGUUUGGUGUGGAGACACCACACGAUGUCGACGGACGCAACGUGAGAAAGACUCUGAAGUGGCUGCACGAUGUGGAAAGUGAGAGAGCCACCAAGAUUGUGUCCAAAAGAGUGGAUGACUUCAGGGAACGCACACAGCCUCAGCUGGCAAUGGUUCAUGACCCUAUCAAAGACACUUUGAAUGUUGGACCUGACCACACAUUUGGCACUUUGGUCAAGCCUGAUGAAUAUGGUGCGGGUGACCUUAUUCACUGUCGAGCACCUAAUGAGUACCUGCGUGGGCGUGACAGAGAGAGGGGCAUCGUGGCCGCUAUCCGACAGCACCUGAAGAAGGCCAACUAUCACAACUUUGACAGUCUACUGGACGCAUUCAGACACUACGAUAGGGACAGAGCGGGGGUGAUCACCAUUGCCCAGCUGCGUGAGGUCUGCGCACAGUUCAGCCUCCCCAUAGAACCUGAGCUCAUGGAGCUCCUCUUCAACUACUGCGACGUCAACAAAGAUGGCGUCAUCGACUACGAGGAGUUUGCCAACUUCUUGAACUGGAAGGACAAGAUGCCAAGUGGUCUCAGCACCGCAAGAAAAGGAAGCCUGGAAGGUGCAGUAGAAGAGGGAGGAGAACUCUCACCUGAGUCCACCCCUAAGAGACUGAUGAAGCAGAUCGACCACGCCAUUGGUCAGCACCGCACCUCCAACUCCAUAUAUGGGUCUGUCAACCUGGGAACAAAAGGUUUCCGAGCUUACGGCAUCCCAACAGUACGGAGUGACUUACCUGCACCGCUGAUCAAACGUGUGAGCGACAGGAAGAACUACGGUGACGAGUCCAACGCUUACGGUCUGGUCAACCCCAGCAUCUAUAGCAACCAUGGCGUGCACGAAAAGGACUUUUUCGAGGCCAGGCCCAAAACUGAGAUUGCACACAUCUUUAAAAGCAUUGGCGUGGACAUGGAUGAAAAGACAUUCAAUGACCUCUGGGAGCAGGCCUCCGUGCGCCAUCCGCAAGGUCGUGUGAGCGUGGAGUCCUUCCGCAGCCUUUUGGACGAGGCCAGGGUAGCACAGAUGCAGGCGGACGAACAACGCACGAUGCGGGAAAGUUCCAGAGACCUGGUGGUCCCUCUGUACAGUUAAAGUGGACAGUUCCAGAAUAAUAUGGCCCCAGGGAUGUCCCAAGUUUUUCGAUUUCACAGUUUUGGUACAAUAACUGUGCCUGGCACAUAUUGAUAAGAGUUUGAACUGUACACAUGAAAUACACAUAUACAUUGUAUAUAUUCAGAUCUACAACCAAGUAUCUUCCAAGUUCAGCAUUACGCUUAACAGUAUUGUAUAUAUUGCACAAUGUGAUAUACUAUUUUCAGUAUUCUUCUAACACUUGUUUGACUCACUUUUAGUGUAUUUUGUAGGCAUCACACAGGCAUCUGUGAAUGCUUUUAGGUAACUAACUUUUUGACGGGAAUUCCUAAGGUCAGACAUCUGACAGGAUUACUGCCAGUGUUACUGCCAACUGAGAUUUGAAGUUUAAAGUCAUCUGCUGCUACAUACAUGCGUUGUUGUCAAGAAGCCGAUGUGAGAUUUCCAUGACUUUUAAACUUCUUUCUAAACUAUGUGUUACUUACUACUUUUUGUAUUAUUUUCUGUGGAUAGAAAGAGGUGAAAUGUACAGAAUUUGUUCUGAGUUUUGAACAUGGUUCAAAGAGAUUUUGACAUAUCACUGAGAUUGUUUAUAUUUAGUGUGAAAGCAAACAGCAAAACCUAACGUUUACCUGAAAUCGAAAACCUCAGCUACUGUUACAGUGUUCUUUACUAAUGCUACUACAGCCAAGACUUAUAAAGGUGUUACUAAAGUUUUACAAGUUCAUAUCAGUAAAGACAGUAGACAAGACUGUUGGCACAAUAUAUUGUUACAGCUUUUGAAUGCCUUUGUACAGUUUUCUAUGAAUUUGUAACUGACAUUACCUGUUAGAAAAAAUACAAAUAUGCAACAUA